UUGCACUUUUUCCCCCUUUAUGAAUCGAAAAAUUUGUUCUUGAAUCAAAUCUAUUCCAUAAACUCUGCAAUAGAACAACAUAAACAUUCAGUUUAAGCCACCUUUCAUUCCACACCUCGCUUCCCUUUUCGUCGAAGACACACUUUUACGUGAAGCCCGCUCUAAGGAAUGCACAAGCAUUCCUGCCUCCUCGCAGACAUCACAUCCGGGUCACUCGGCAGUCAGCGUGUAAGCGAGCGUGCUCCUCCAUACAGUUGCGUACUGCUGCUGCAGCUCUCAGCGCAACUCCACUGCAUGCAACAUGGAUACUAUGAGCAGCGGCCAGCCGCGGAGGAUCUGAGCGCGCCUCGGGACAGGCGCGGACACGCGAUACGCCACACUGGGGCAGGGAUGAGGUGCCAUCCAGCAGACGCACACUGGUAGGCGAGUCGUCAAUUGUCAGCGAUGUCAAAGAGUCUGAAGAAGAAGAACCACUGGACGAACAAAGUCCACGAAGCGGUGCUCACCAGGAAUAAGGAGGGCGAGCUGGGGUUCGACUUGAAAGGGGGCGCCGAGAACGGCAAUUUCCCUUAUUUUGGGGAGGUGAAGCAGGGUAAGGUGGCCGUCCAGAGCGGCAAGCUGUCCCAGGACGAGCUGCUCUUGGAGGUCAACGAUACGCCGGUGGCAGGGCUCACCAUCAGGGAUGUGCUGGCCGUGAUCAAGCACUGCAAAGACCCGUUCAGGCUGAAGUGCGUGAAGCAAGGAGGUGUUGUAGAUAAAGAUCUCCGCCAUUAUCUCAACCUACGGUUCCAGAAAGGUUCAGUGGACCACGAGCUUCAACAAAUCAUACGCGACAACCUCUACCUCCGGACUGUGCCGUGCACGACCAGACAGCCCAAAGAGGGGGAGGUCCCAGGUGUGGACUACAACUUUGUGAGCGUUGAGCGGUUUAUGGAAUUAGAGAAAAGUGGGGCCUUGUUAGAAAGUGGAACGUACGAAGAUAACUUCUAUGGCACGCCAAAGCCUCCUGCCGAACCCACGCCGAUGCUGUUUAAUGUGACGGACCAACUCUUGCCCGGUGCCCGACCCAGUGCAGAGGGAAAAAGGAAGAGAAACAAGUCCGUCAGCAACAUGGAGAAAGACAGCAUUGAGCCACCAGAAGAAGAGGAGGAAGAGAGCCCUGUCGUCAAUGGCAACGGCAUCGCCAUCACACCAGAAUCGAGCGAACAUGAGGACAAGAGCACGGAUGCUUCUGGAGACGUGCCCGUCCAGCCAUGCCCACCUGAGACCCCCACUCUUACCGCCACAGAUGCCCCUGAGGAGGAAGGAGACUCCCCCAAGUCCCCACAAGACUCCCAGGAGAAUGACGAACUGGGCCCUUUGCCAGACAACUGGGAGAUGGCCUACACUGAAAAAGGAGAAGUUUACUUCAUAGAUCACAAUACCAAAACGACGUCAUGGCUCGACCCUCGACUAGCGAAGAAAGCCAAGCCCCCAGAGGAAUGUGAGGAAGAUGAACUUCCAUAUGGCUGGGAGAAAAUAGACGACCCUAUUUAUGGCAGUUACUAUGUUGACCACAUUAACAGAAGGACACAGUUUGAGAAUCCCGUCCUAGAGGCCAAACGAAGGAUCCAACAGCAACAGCAAAUGCAAAGUCACGGUCUAUCGGCGCUGCCAUUGCCCACGAUAUAUAGAGAAAAGCCUCCAUUCACGAGGGACGCCACACAACUCAAAGGGACGUUCCUCACCACGGUGCUGCAGAAGAGCAACAUGGGAUUCGGCUUCACCAUCAUUGGUGGGGACGAGCCGGAUGAGUUCCUACAGGUCAAGAGCGUCAUACCUGAUGGACCUGCUGCCCAAGAUGGCAAGAUGGACACAGGUGAUGUGAUCGUCUACAUCAAUGACAUCUGUGUCUUGGGCACCACCCAUGCCGAUGUAGUGAAGCUCUUCCAGUCGGUCCCCAUUGGCCAGAGCGUCACCCUGGUGCUGUGUCGAGGUUACCCACUCCCUUACGACCCAGAGGACCCCUCCGCUAGCUCCUCCAUGCCCCCUUUGGGCUUAGUGGAUCACCCGUUGCUGCUCAAUGGAAGGAACAACUAUGAAAAUUACAUGGAGUACAUGUCUUUGACUGGCCGCUUAGUACCUGAGCACGGCGAGGGCCUUACCCCACAUCCCCACCCUGGAGACACCCACCUGGAUGGCUCGCAGCCACCAUCCCUGACCACACCGGGACCCCCACCCGAUGACAGCGUCUCCAUGGCGUCAUCCUCGGGAGCAACCGCCGGGGCUCAAGUGGUCCCUGAGCUUCUGAGUCUCACUAUAACCAAAGGCACAGAGGGUUUCGGGUUCACCAUAGCGGACAGUCCCACAGGGCAGAGAGUCAAACAGGUUCUGGAGCCGCAGGGUUGUCCGGGGUUAUGUGAAGGAGACUUGAUGGUGGAGAUUAAUCAGAAGGGUCUCCAGGGACUCAACCACACACAGGUGGUGCAGCUGCUCAAGGACUGUCCAGUGGGAACAGAGGCUACGCUUGUCAUUCAGAGAGGAGCAGCAGCAGGCCUCUUCUCUCCCUGGGAUCCCACAAAACAGUGGGACCCCCAAGGAAGCCCCCAGACCAGCUUGUCGGCCACUUUGCUCCCCCACGGUGCUCCACAUCCCGGCCAGACGCUCCAUCGCUCCUCUGUUCCGGACACAGAAGGCUUCCACCUGGGCAAGCCUGACCCCUACGACCUCUAUGAGAAGUCACGUGCCAUUUACGAAAGCAGACAGCCGGUCCCACCUCGGACGCUGACAGACUCUACAGGUGUGGAGUACCAAGAAGUGGAAGUUCACCUGCUCCGUGAGAAGACCGGCUUCGGCUUCAGGAUCCUGGGUGGAGACGAGGCGGUGCAGGCUAUUGUGAUCGGAGCAAUCAUAGAGAACAGCCCCGCGGAGCGCGACGGCAGACUGCGUCCGGGAGAUGAGCUGGUCUCGGUUGACAGGAUGCCCGUGGCGGGGAGACCACACCGCUACGUCAUCGACCUCAUGCACGCGGCUGCACGAAACGGACAGGUCACCUUGACCGUCAGGAGGAGAGUUCUGCCGCAGCAGGGCCAGCCAUGCGAGGAAAACGGUGCAGCGGCCAAUCAAAGCAGUUCUCCCCGGGGUCAUGCAGUGUGCCCGGUCAACUUACCCCCCACCACUGAUGUAGUUAUCCACCGCAAGGAAAGCGAAGGCUUUGGUUUUGUCAUCAUCAGCUCCCUCAAUCGUCCAGAGACCACAAACACAAUAACUGUGCCACAUAAGAUCGGUCGCAUCAUCGAGGGCAGUCCGGCCGAUCGCUGUGGGAAGCUGAAAGUUGGUGAUCGUAUUAUGGCCGUCAACUGUCAGUCUAUUAUCAACAUGCCUCAUGCUGACAUUGUCAAGCUGAUCAAAGACGCUGGACUCACUGUCACCUUGCACAUCAUCCCAGAGGAAGACGUAAACGGUGCUCAUUCGGCCCCUACAUCGGAGAAGCAGAGUCCCCUGGUGGCCCAGAAGCACAGCCCCUCCAGCCCAGCAGCUCAGCAGAGCCCGACCGUGGCUCAUCCCAGCCCACCAGCGCCCCACCCCAGCCCGGCCACCACGCAGCCCAGCCCUCUGCUGAUGGAGCCGGGCCCUGGAGCUCCACACAGCAGCCCACCAGUGACUCAAAGCAGUCUCUCUGUGAGUCAGCCCGGCCUGGAGGCCAUGCAGUCGGGCUCAGUGGUGACUCAGGCUGCUCCUGUUGUGGAUCCAGGCAUGCCGGGGGUUCAACCCACCUCCAUCGGAUCAGUGCCGGUACCACCACAGCUGUACCUUCAUGACACCAGGUCGGAAGUAAAAGCCAGGCAGGAUGUUAAACCCGAUAUCUGCCAAGCUGCAUACACGGACUACAGACAGCCCCCGGUGGACUACAGACAUCCACCUGUAGCAGACUACAGACAGCCACCCACCAUGGAGUACAGACACCCACCUGCUCUGAUAGACUACAGACAACACUCCAUCGCUGAUUACAGACCACAGGACUAUGACUAUUUCACUGUGGAACUGGAGAAAAGUGUGAAGGGAUUUGGCUUUAGUAUUCGCGGAGGACGGGAAUAUAAGAUGGACCUGUUUGUGCUGAGACUGGCUGAGGACGGACCUGCGAUCCGCAACGGCAGAAUGAGGGUUGGAGAUCAGAUUAUUGAAAUUAACGGCGAGAGUACGAGAGACAUGAGUCACGCCCGUGCCAUCGAGCUCAUCAAGGCCGGUGGUCGUCGAGUGCGUCUGCUGUUGAAGAGGGGCACGGGACAGGUGCCGGAAUAUGGGAUGGUACCUACCAACCUUUCCAUGUGCAUGAAAAGCGACACUCUAGCCUCACCCUAUUUCUUCAUAAUGGGACACACUAAAGACACGACAGUGCCGCCUCCCGGAGUGCUGUCUCUCCAGCCGCCCCUGCCUUGUCGGAAGUAGUCUCACCCCGCUAGCCUGACACUUGCCCUUCGCCGUCACCCGUCAUCUCAUCCAGCCUCAAAACCCUGAACUUUCAGUGGCAUUCUGUGACAGUCUGGACCAAUCACGGCACCCCUCGUGGUCAGUUUUGUGGGGCUUCGCCCGUGGAACAAAGGGUGGCAGGUCCACCUGUAAGAGCUGUGAUUUGAACAGCCUAAAAAACAGAGAAGAUGGAUCAUAAAAGUCGAAAAUAUUAAGAACAGAUGGAGACACAUCAACCUCAAAUGGAUUGUCGCAUCCAACUUGCUUUUCAUAUAGUCGCUGAUCCAAGUUUGUUUUCUGUUUUUCUGGACGAUCCAGAUGAACGGCAGCCAAAGACGCGUGGCUCGCCCUCUUCGCUGUUUAAUUCUGGAUCCAGAGCGGAAACUUCUUGCAGGGGAACGAGCUGAACUUUCAACGCCUCGUUCUUCCGUCCUGUGGACCCAAGCUCUCUUUAUUUGUUUAUCAUGUAGAGGUUGUUUAUUUUUUGUAUCAUUUCAAGAUGUUCAGAACAAGCCUCUAGCGAUACUGGGGGUCAAAUAUCGCAAAUAUAUGUGUAGCAUGAAAAGAGAUUCCUGAAGAAACACACAAACAAGUUCUGAGUUGAGAACUUCAACGUUUUAGUAUUGAGUUUCGUUAUAUGUCUGAUGGGAAAAAAAACGUCACCAUAGACAUUGUGAAACACUGACAGUAAAUAUAAAAGGAGGCCGCCAUGAUGGAGAGAUACAAGGUAAAGUAUCUUGCCUACCCAUUCGUGCUGAGUUAUAGGAGGUAAAUGCAUAUCAAUCGCCAAAUCUGCCGCAUGGACGUAUCCCUUUAGAACCCAAGACAAUAUGUUUCAAUAGUAUGGAACUGAACUGAACUGAAGCAGGACUGCAGAUGUUUCCGAAGCCUCAGUGCAUCAUUCCUGGCCCUGUACUGUGUGCCACCACUGUGGAUCUGGGGUGCCAUCUUACACCUCGCAAGCUUCAUUCCCAUGUCCCUGAUGGCUCCGUAGUUCAUUGGAGCUAAUUAGCAGAGCUAAUUAAAAAAGGAGGGAGUUUUUCAGGGCAGUUUGGUUUGAGACCAGGAGACCUGUAGUCUUUCACCGUGUCUUAACCAAGUGCGACAAGACAUAAUUUGGCUGUUUACUCCAAAUGUGAAAAAUAGCUCAAAAAUAUCUAGUCAGAAUGUAUUUGAUGUGUAAUCAACAGCAGUAAUAUGUAAUUAUGAAUUGAGCUACUUAUCUGUAAAUAUGGAUUUUAGACCAAUAAGAUGUAAUAAUGGGUGGGGCUACACACAUGUAAAUGUGGAUUUUAGACCAAUGGGAUGUAAUAAUGGGCGGGGAUACACACGUAAAUGUAGAUUUUAGACCAAUGGGAUGUUAUAAUGGGCGGGGCUACACACGUAAAUGUGGAUUUUAGACCAAUGGGAUGUAAUAAUGGGCGGGGAUACACACGUAAAUGCAGAUUUUAGACCAAUAAGAUGUAAUUGUGGGCGGGGCUGCAUGCGUAAAUGUGGAUUUUAGACUAACACAAUAUAAUUAUGGGUGGGGCUACAUACACAUCAAUGUGGAUUUUAGACUGAGAUGUAAUAAUGGGCGGGGCUACACGCACAUAAAUGUGGAUUUUAGACCAAUAAGAUGUAAUUGUGGGUGGGGCUACAUGCGUAAAUGUGGAUUUUAGACUGAGAUUAAUAAUGGGCAGGGCUACACACACGUAAAUGUGGAUUUUAGACCAAUAAGAUGUAAUUGUGGGCGGGGCUACAUGCAUAAAUAUGGAUUUUAAACUGAUACAAUAUAAUUAUGGGUGGGGCUACAUAGGGCUGGGUGAUAUAUCGCAUGCGAUUGUCACGCGCAUUUCGUCAGUAAAGCCGGUUCCCUGAUUACCGCUAAAUCGCCAUCACCUGCUUUCAAAUGGAGCGCCAUUUAAUAGACAGAGCCGUAGUUCACUGACAAGCUACGCAAUAUCGCGUUCAUUAUCGAAGGCGCUUCAUCUGCGAUAUGAACGCGAUAUUGCGUAGCUUGUCAGUGAUCUACGUAAAUGUGGAUUUUAGACUAAUACAAUAGAAUUAUGGGUGGGGCUACACACACAUCAAUGUGGAUUUUAGACUGAGAUGUAAUAAUGGGCGGGGCUACACACGUAAAUGUGGAUUUUAGAUUAAUGGGAUGUAAUAAUGGGCGGGGCUACACACAUGUAAAUGUGGAUUUUAGACCAAUAAGAUGUAAUUGUGGGCGGGGCUACAUGCAUAAAUGUGGAUUUUAGACUGAUACAAUAUAAUUAUGGGUGGGGCUACAUAGGGCUGGGCGAUAUAUCGCAUGCGAUUGUCACACGCAUUUCGUCAGUAAAGCCGGUUCCCUGAUUACCGCUAAAUCGCCAUCACCUGCUUUCAAAUGGCGCGGCAUUUAAUAGACAGAGCCGUAGUUCACUGACAAGCUACGCAAUAUCGCGUUCAUUAUCGAAGGCGCUUCAUCUGCGAUAUGAACGCGAUAUUGCGUAGCUUGUCAGUGAUCUACGUAAAUGUGGAUUUUAGACUAAUACAAUAUAAUUAUGGGUGGGGCUACAUACACAUCAAUGUGGAUUUUAGACUGAGAUGUAAUAAUGGGCGGGGCUACACACGUAAAUGUGGAUUUUAGAUUAAUGGGAUGUAAUAAUGGGCGGGGCUACACACAUGUAAAUGUGGAUUUUAGACCAAUAAGAUGUAAUUGUGGGCGGGGCUACAUGCAUAAAUGUGGAUUUUAGACUGAUACAAUAUAAUUAUGGGUGGGGCUACAUAGGGCUGGGCGAUAUAUCGCAUGCGAUUGUCACACGCAUUUCGUCAGUAAAGCCGGUUCCCUGAUUACCGCUAAAUCGCCAUCACCUGCUUUCAAAUGGCGCGGCAUUUAAUAGACAGAGCCGUAGUUCACUGACAAGCUACGCAAUAUCGCAUUCAUUAUCAAAGGCGAUUCAUCUGCGAUAAUGAACGCGAUAUUGCGUAGCUUGUCAGUGAUCUACAUAAAUGUGGAUUUUAGACUAAUACAAUAUAAUUAUGGGUGGGGCUACAUACACAUCAAUGUGGAUUUUAGACUGAGAUGUAAUAACGGGUGGGGCUACAUACACACGUGGAUUUUAGACCAAUGAGAUAUAAUUAUGGGUGGGGCUACACACACGUAAAUGCGGAUUUUAGACCAAUAAGAUGUAAUUGUGGGCGGGGCUACAUGCGUAAAUGUGGAUUUUAGACUAAUACAAUAUAAUUAUGGGUGGGGCUACAUACACAUCAAUGUGGAUUUUUUUAUAAUGUAACAAUGGGCGGGGCUACAUACAUGUAAAUGUGGAUUUUAGACCAAUGAGAUGCAAUUAUGGGUGGGGCUACAUACAUGUCAGUGAGGAUUCUGGACCAAUAAGAUGUAAUUAUGGGCGGGGAUACAUACAUGUAAAUGUGGAUUUUAGAACGUUUGCGACCAAUAAGACGUCACCAUACAAUUUUUUUGUAGAACAUGGCAAAAUUUCCUGCCACUUGUUACAACUGCACUUAGUUAUGGCAAAGUGAACAUGAAAUCAGUUGACUCCAUUUACUUUCUUCAUAUAAAUUCCUGGUGCAAGAUUUUGGCACUAUACCGGUUAUUGGCCGAUUUCGAUAUUAGUUAUUUAACUUUGCCUGCUCAUUUCCCAUUUUUACAUUUUAGAUUUUUUUUGCCAUCAUCUAACGCUCACUCGAAGAUAAUCUUAAAAUUUAUAAACAAUUAAUAACACUGUUAAAUGUGAUUUUAGCAAAUAUUAAUUUUUCAUACGGUACAUUAUAAUUCAUUUGUAGUAUUUAAAAUGAAGUUUUAGUGUUUUAUUUUUACAUUUAUUUAAACAAAAUGGUAUGGAAUUUUAAUAUCAGCCAUUUAUUGGUUACCGAGCAUAACAUGAAAAUGAUUAAUCUGGCUAAUCUGUAUCCAGAACUUUGGUUUAUCGCUUGACACUCACACCUGGUUAAGACACGGUUAAGGUUCAACCGGGAGCCGAGACGAGGAAAAAGGGUCUUUUUAAAUGAUAUGGGCAUGAUCAGGGUCUCUCUAGCAUGAAUGGGUGGGACCCAGUUGUAUGGGGCAGAGUGCCUUACUGGCAGGACAAAGAGCAGUAUGAAAUAUGCAUUUUACAUAUAGAAAAUUGAAACCUCUUAAGAGCUGAGCUUUUGUUUUCACCUUUGAUUCAAUGGUGAUAAACUUUGCCAAUUUUUUUCUGAUGUCGUGAAAAUGUUUUGUUAGUGAAAAUGUAUAAAGAUCAAACAUUUUGAUCUGGCACAUGUGGACAGUGGUAUGAGAAAAUAAGGAGAUAAUAUAUCAAGAUUUUGGGUUUGUUGCGGCAAACACUGUUUUAUCGAAACCUCUAUCAUUCUGACCUUUUCAUUAGAUGGAGGAGACUGUGUGUUAAUGCGUUUCAUAAGGUGAUAGUGAUCAACAGAAACAUUUACAGUGAUUGAAUCUCACAGUGUGGAGGGAGGGUUCGAUGCCAUGCAGUGUUUCACCUCUUUUUGUAUUCAUUUAAUUGUGAAAUUGUCUUAUGCUGCUCAGCACCUGUCAUUCUGAUCACAGGCUGAUAACUGUGCCAAUUCAAUUGUUUUUGAGGUAUGUGGAAUGUAAUUCCAGAUUUUCAAGCGGUCUCUUGAACUACGGAAAGUGAGUCAAGAGAUGCAUUGAAAGCGUUGCAUAUCAAUUUAAGCUUAUCACAUUCCUACUUCUCAACACUGCAAAAAAAGAGAGAAACAUUCUUAAUCAGUAUUUUGUCUCGUUUUCCUGUAACAUUUUAUAAACAUCCUUAAAGCAAGUUAAAGGAGUAGUUCAACCAAAAAUGAAAAUUAUCCCAUGAUUUACUCACCCUCAAGCCAUCCUAGGUGUACAUGACUAUCUUCUUACAGACGAACACUAUCGGAGUUAUAUUAAAUAAUGUUCUGGUUUUUGAAACUCCAAAAAUUCAUCCAUCCAUCAUAAAAAUACAUACAAAUUUGAUGCAUUCUUAAUUCAUAUGUACACCAUUUAAAGAGUACUCAAUCCAAUUCAAUGGAAAUUUGUCAUACUUUUGAAAUGCGCACAUUUAAAACAGUAUAUCUUGAAUUAAGGGUAUGUUUACAUGACAACGAUAUGCUUAAAACGGAGAAGUUUUUCCUUCGAGUUUUCUGCGUACAGAUGACACCAUUGUCAAAACGAUCCCCAUUCACACGGAUCAACUAAAAACGCUGUAUUCUGCUGGCAGGCCAUUGGAUGGCGAUGAAACACUAUAGACUGAACAUGUAAUACGCAUGUACAAGACGUUAUCAUUUUCACAGAUUCGCGUUGUUUUUUUGUUGUUUACAUGGAGACCAUUUUCAAAAACUUGCACUUUGAAACCUGUUUUCAUAAGCUUGAGUUUUCAGGCCACCAAAACGCAUUUAAAGUUUUAGGUUUUUAGUUAAAAACUGAAAAAAACUUAUUUCAAGAUGUACAAUAUCAACUAGAUUCAUCUUGUUUUAAGGACGUUUAGAUGUUUUUUGAUGGAAAACAAGAGGAAAAUAGUGAUUCAUAAUAUUUUUUUUUUUUUGCAGUGAAACAAGAUCGUGUAUAUUAGUAAUGUGUGCCACAAUAAAAAUGCUCCCUGUUCAUAUAUCCCUGAUGGUUUUGUAGCUAGCACAUAAUAUUUGUAGUCUCCAUCGAUUCCAUCAUUGGGUGCAGUGUGCUAGAAAAAACUGCUGUUUACAUGGAGAGACAGACAGCUAGAAACGGUGAAGGAAAAUGUGGAUGCAUUUAUUGCACAGCUCAUAGCUUUUACUGUUUGAAGCUGUAUCCUGCCUGCUGUGAAAAUAAGACAAAGAAAAAAAAAAAAACAUUUUAUAUUACUGAGGAAAAUAUUGAAUCUGUGAAAGAUGGCACGUACCAGGGCCCAUUCAGAUCAAUAUUACUGUCUAGUGUUAGAUGUGUAUUUACCUUGUACAGCUGUACUCCUAUAAAUAUGGUUUAAUGUAUUAUUGAUAGUUUCAAAGACUAAGUGAUCAAAUAUUUUUAUGAAAUGCAACAGUACGGAUAUAAUAAAUUUUGCUAAAAUCUUGUUUACCUGUAUGAUAUUCUGAUAUACUGUUAAAUAAACUCUGACAAGGUCUGAA